AAAUGCUUGAUAAGGUUAAUAAUUUCUAGAACUCAUCAAAUACGCAAAUGCGGUUUAAAAGCAUAUUUCAUUCUUACUUGAGAGUUCGCCAAUGAAAUUCGCCCUUGCAACAACUGUUGUUGGUUCAUGUACAGCCGUCAUCAAAAUGGACGGCAACAAGGAUGAGAGUGAAAAGUGCAUUUCUAUUGCACUGAGAGCUCUGUCAGCUGGUGACAAAGAGAAAGCCAAUAGGUUUUUACUUAAAGCCCAAAGACUUUACCCAUCUAAAAAAGCAACAGAUUUGCUUGAUUCAUUAGAUAAACUUUCUUCUAAUGGAGAGGCUCAAAGGGAGAAAGAAUCGGAAUCUUCCCAGCCAAGGCACAGAAAGCAUAGCCACAGUAAAGGCGGUGACGAGGCUGACAAGGAAAACAAACAUGCGGAUUAUACAGCUGAUCAGCUGGCAUCUGUAAAAAGAAUCAAUGAAUGCAAGGAUGUCUACGAAGUUCUGGAGCUUUCCAAGGAGUUCUCGGACUCUGAGUUGAAAAAGGCGUAUCGCAAACUGGCCUUACAGAUGCACCCUGACAAGAAUAAAGCUCCAGGUGCUACCGAAGCUUUCAAAGCCAUUGGCAAGGCGUACAGUAUACUCAGCGACAAGGAGAAGAGGCGGCAGUAUGACCUCUACGGUCCUGAGAUGCAACCGAGCAGACCCUCCCACGACCACGGCGACUUCUCCCAUGGUUUUGACGGUGACAUCUCACCAGAGGAACUGUUCAAUAUGUUCUUUGGUGGAGGCUUUCCCUCAGGCAAUGUACACAGGCGUCAGCAUCACCACCACGCCCGGAGGACGUACUACACGUACAGAGAGCCACAGCAGUCAGAAAGUGGCCUCACCUUGUUUUUCCAGUUGGCUCCCAUUCUUCUCCUUGUUGUCUUGUCUAUGUUGAGUAGCUUCUUGGUGAGCGACGCCGUCUUCAAUCUCCAGAGAACAGAGAAGUACAGAGUUGAGAGGACGACUGCCAACCUCCGAGUGACGUACUACGUGAAGGACGAUUUUCGGGCGGAGUUCAAAUCCGAUUUACGCAGAAUAGAAAGGGCUGUGGAAGAGGAAUAUAUCGGGCAGCUACGGAACAACUGUUUUAGGGAACGAAACUACAAGGAAAAUAUGAUGUGGAGGGCGCGGAAUUACGGGGACGCCAAGUUGUAUCAGCGGGCGGUGGACAUGGCGACUCCUUCGUGUGAUAAUCUGCAGAAAGUCUACACGUCAUGAUGAGCGCCCGGUUUUCUCUUUUCUUUUUUUCCCCUCCCUCUCCAUCGAGCUCUGUUCUGUGUGAAGAAAUACUUGUGUAAAUACAAUAAUACUAUCUGUUUGUCCUCAAGUGGAGUGUGUGAGAAACUGAUGGUCUUUACUGGACAGCUCCCACCCCACCCAGUUCCCGAAUUAUUUUCUCCGUGGUUGUUUCAGCCUCCCUUUGCACCCUCUGCUUUUGUAUUUUUUCUACCAGUUGAUGUGUAGUAGGGACAGUCGGACCUGCCAAGUACUCUGAUGAAAUUGGGACCCUCUGAUUUUUUUUUUUAACCCCAUCGAAAAACCCCUUUGGAUUUACAUAAAAUCUUUUUUUUUAAAUACUCAGGUCGAUUAACGAUAUUUACCUGACUUAUUCAGGGUUCCUGCAGCCUCCUUGAAUCCAAGGAGUCCUUGAAAACUCCUCGAAGUAGCAUUCAAAUUUUUGUUUGUCGGAGUGCUCUUGGCGUGCUGUUGAAAACGGCAUGAAUCUCUUGACCAAAUUUCCUUGAAUUUUAAAAAUUUCUCCUUGAAAUCUACUUGAAUUUUGUGGGGGGUUAAUGGCAGGAGCCCUGUUUAUUGUAAAUGGCUUUAAGAGAUCAAAUUGGAGCAACUUGUCGCAAUGGCCUGAAAAUACACUUGUUUUUAUUUGGCUGCAUUAACAGUGCAUGGUUAGUCGAUUGGGAUUGUGGACACGGGUUUUUUUUCUUACUACAUACAAAUUUAAUUUUUAGGGAGGAUUCUGAAGACAACUUUUUUGGGGGGUUUUAGAGUGGUUGGCAGGUCUGCGUAGGGAUGGUUGAAUAGUGUGUGUGUGUGGAUAUUUGAGUGUGAGUGUGUGUGUGUAUGAAUGUUUGUGGAGAGACUAGCUGUCAACAGAGGUGAAGUGUCGAUGUGUAGCUGGUGACAGUGUGAAUUGCUUGAGAGCACAGAGGGAAAAAAA